GUGUAGUGGCAUUGAGCACUUCUUCUUGGAGAUCCUUGACCGUCUUCCAGAUAUGGAGUUUGUGGUCAACGUACGGGACUAUCCCCAGGUGCCCAAAUGGACAAAACCUCUUAUUCCCGUCUUCUCCUUCAGUAAGACUUCAGAAUACUAUGAUAUUAUGUAUCCUGCCUGGACAUUUUGGGAAGGAGGACCAGCUGUCUGGCCCAUUUACCCAACAGGCCUAGGACGCUGGGACAUAAUGAGAGAGGACCUCCAAAGCUCAGCAGAACAUUGGCCAUGGAAGAAGAAGAUUCCCACAGCCUACUUCCGAGGAUCGCGGACAAGCCCAGAGCGGGACCCCCUCAUUCUUCUUUCUCGAGAAAAUCCAGACCUUGUUGAUGCAGAAUACACUAAAAACCAAGCCUGGAAAUCUGAAAGAGACACCCUUGGAAAACCGCCUGCUAAGGAAGUUCCUCUGGUGGACCAUUGUAAGUACAAAUACCUCUUUAAUUUCCGAGGUGUAGCAGCCAGUUUUCGAUUCAAGCACCUCUUCCUGUGUGGCUCAUUGGUUUUUCACGUUGGGGAAGACUGGCAGGAAUUCUUCUAUGCACAGCUGAAACCUUGGGUUCACUACAUCCCAGUCAAGUCUGAUCUUUCCAAUGUGAGGGAGCUGCUACAGUUUGUAAAAGAAAAUGAUGACAUAGUCCAAGAAAUUGCAGAGAGGGGUCGCCAGUUUAUUGUGGAUCAUUUGCAGAUGGAGGAUAUCUCUUGCUAUUGGGAAAGACUUCUAACUGAAUAUUCUAAAGCCCUGAUUUACAAAGUUAAAUGGAAGAGUAACUACAGUGAGAUUUCCCCCAGACCACUGAAAACAGAGCUGUAGAAGCCACUGUUCCCUUUUAAUCUCAGGACUAAGACUUGCAGACAGUGUUUCAAAAGGGUAACUGUGUUAAGUCUGUUUUGGCAAAGUAAAACAGAAAUCAGUUGAAAGACUUGGUUAGUUUUAUGGGUGCUGUUUGGUUUCUGUUUUAAUUGUGGGCUGUGAAAAAGCUAGAGAAUGGCAUAGUUUUGUUCAGUUGGAUCUUCAUGUUUCAUGCUACCAAGUCUGUUUUUAAAAUGUAUUAUCAUUAUAAUUAUUGCAUUCUGUAUUAGUCAAAUCUAGAAUUUCAUUUUUUAGUAUUUUUAUGACAUUUUUGAAGUGUAUGUGUGCAGCCCAGUUCCAGUAUUGCUUUGCUUCAUGAGCCCUGUUCACAUUACAGUGAACAUAUGUACAAACUGCGUGUAUGAGCGUACAUCUGCUUGUAAAACUCAAAUGAAACUCAGAAUUUAACAGGGUGCAACCUAGGAAUCCUUUUUCUUCUCUGCCCAGUUUUUACAUGCAGUUUGAAAAAAAAUAGAUUUGCACUCUGUAAAAUAAAUGUUAUUAAUUGUAUGAGCAGUCACUAGUUGCGUAGAGGUCACUGAGGAGCAGAGAAGGCUCUUUCCUGUCUUAUAUUCUUAAUUUUCUGCCCUAAUGGUUUAAACAAAAUGGCUGCCAAGUGACUGAAAUUGCCUUUCUAGGGUGGACACUGUCUUGUGCUGCUUCCACAUAGCAACCACUGCCCUUGUAGCUCUUGUUGCCACUGUGUUCUCAAAGCAGCAACUGUGUGGCGCUUUUCUUUACACGUUCUUUGCCUCAGCCCUUGCUAAUAUCUGCCAUUCCCUUGCUGAUGUCACUAUGGCUUUUUUAAAAAAUCAGCAAUUGCUCAAUUGCUUCAUUAACAAUUUAUUGCCAUGCUAUACU